AAAAAAAAGAACAUCUAAGGCCCUCCACAGGAUUCCCGAUCCUUGAGGUUUAUGCAAGUAUAUAAACCAUCCCAACCCACACAACUAAAUCAUACACUCACUUACCAAUUUCUUCUGUGUCUUCUUCUACCAUCAUUGGCGACAACCCACUCUUCCUCCUCUCAUUCUAUUCCUCAAGUUCCCCAAGUCCCUCAAGAAGAUGAGCAGGCCAGGAGAUUGGAACUGCAGGUCAUGCCAGCACCUUAACUUCAGCCGCCGGGAUUCUUGCCAACGAUGUGGGGAGCUGAGGUCCGGAGAUUAUGGAGGUUUUGGUGGGAGAGUUGGAUCAUCAUUUGGAUUCAGCAGUGGCUCAGACGUCAGGCCUGGGGACUGGUACUGCUCUGCUGUGAACUGCGGCGCUCACAACUUUGCUAGCCGCUCAAGCUGCUUCAAGUGUGGUGCAUUCAAGGAAGAAUCUUCUGGUGGUUAUGAGGCUGACAUGGCUCGUUCAAGAGGUCAUGCUUUUGGUGGUGCAGGUCGCUCCGGAUGGAAAUCUGGUGACUGGAUUUGCACAAGGUCAGGGUGCAAUGAGCAUAACUUUGCGAGCAGGAUGGAAUGCUUCAGGUGCAGUGCACCAAGAGACUGUGGUGACAAAUCUUCUUAUUCAUCAUAGAUUUCCAUUUUUUGGGUACUGAAGUCUGAGAGAACCAAAAGAGAGAUCGCCUAAUAUAAUAGCUCAAGUCACUUGUUUUUGUCCGCCAGCUUAGUUUUUUUUUUUUUUUUUUUAGGGUUGUCUUCAGUGUCUUUGUAUGUGUUGAAAGAAGAGUUUUCAGCUUCAUUGUAUGAUGCAUAGUGUUCUUACAAGAAGCUUAUGAAAGCCUUCUUUCUUUUAUCAAUAGAGAUAUGAUAUAUUUGGUAUAAA